UUCAGCGCUCGGCGGGCGCUGGGAGCCGGAGCCACCGCAGCCUGAGCCCCGGCGACGCGCGGAGGACCCGGCUCGCCCGGCAGCCGCGAUCUUCGUCCUGCCGCCCCCGUCUGGGCUGCAGACCCUCUGCACCCGGCCCGGCUCCUGCCACCGCGAAGGACAUGCGGCCGGCUAAGGCGGGCGCCCCGCUGCCCGCUCUCCUGCUGCUGGCGCUGGCUCUGUCCCCGCCCGAGACGCACGCGCGACCCCGGGGGCGCAGAGCCCCGCGCGGCGCGGAGCACAAGCCUCUGCUCUUCCUGCCCGCGGCGGGGGCGGGCCCGGCUCCCGGAGCCUCCCGGAGCGCUGAAAUAUUCCCAAGAGAUUUGAACUUGAAAGACAAAUUCAUAAAGCAUUUCACAGGGCCGGUCACAUUCUCAGCUGAGUGUAGCAAACAUUUCCAUCGAGUCUACCACAAUACCAGGGAUUGCUCAAUGCCAGCUUAUUACAAAAGAUGUGCCAGGUUGCUGAAAAGACUGGCAGUAAAUUCACUGUGCUCACAGACCUAAAUCCUUACCCUUGAAUGCUUUUUUUAAGGAUGCAAAUGUAAUUUGAAAAAAGUGCCUGGAUUCACAGUAAAUGUAAAGGAAAUGAAACUUCUGCUUCUGGGAUAUUAACCAAAGUAGACAAAGGGACUUCCUAGAAAUCGAAGAUUAGCUGUGUUCUGCCCCAAAAUGCAGUCCUUGCUUUAUCUUUGUGUACACAGUAAUUUAUCAUUUUGGAAAACAAGGCUUAAAUUGCAUACUACAAAUACAAUAUUAAAAUUGUGUUCUACUUUAUUUUGUGGAAAUACUAUUUUCUUACAUGGUUAGCAUUCCAUGUUAAACAUUUAAUGAUGUAAAUUAUGUCAGAGAGGGCAAGUAUGAAAUGAUUAUUUGUUUUGUGUAUGAUUUUGUAAUAUGCAAAGUCAAUUUUUUAUAAUUUUUAUUUAAUAUUUAAUGCAUCUACUAAGAAUUUGUGGUCUUCAUUACAUUAAUUUGAAAUGUGAAUUUUAUUAAAGCUGAAAUAGAAGAAAUUUGAGUUGUUUUUCUUUGAAUAAAAGGUACUUGUGGCAAAAGGUUAUAAUAUUGAGACAUGAUUACUGUAUAUAAAUAUGCUUUUUGCACUGAUAACUUGGAUCCUGUGACAGUUUUUGACUUUCGAAGCUACUCAUAGAGUUGCCGUCUUGAAUAGAAAGACAUACAAUCACCCUUGAGCUGGGAAGUUGCCUAAUUAUUCAGUUUAGAACAUAGCAGAAUAUCCUAAUACCAAAAUAGCCUGUUUUAUUUAAACACAGUAUGAAACACUCAGAAACCUACAACAGAGCAAUUGGAAAGGCUUUUUCUUGAAUUCUUUUAUCAUUGAGUGUGGAAUGUGUAUUGUAUGUAAAUGUACAUAUAUUCUUUUGUCCAUAGUAAAAAGUACCCUGAGAAAUUACCUCUGGCUUCAGAAAUAUUGUAAAACUACUCUCUCAAUUUCCCCUUUUAUUUUAUUUGGCUGAUAGACAAAGACAAUAAUUAUGAUUGAGAAACCUGGUGUGGAGGAUGAAAUUCUGCAAUCAUGCUAUGUACUAAAGAAUGAAAAUAAUAUUACAUUUUCAGUUAGUUACAUGUAGUAAUAUUUUCUAGGUUUGCAUAUGACUAGAGAGCCGAAGUCUAUUUUAUUCAGAGGAAAAUGCUAUUAAAUGACAAGUAGGAACUUGCUGGUGACUUGUAUUUGGCAGGCAGAGAUCCAGAAAAUAGUCGACAGAGGGUUCAUGGU